AUGAUACAAGAAUCGAAAGACAAAGGCAAAUACUACAAGAAUCUCCAGAAGAAGGUUCUCGAAUCCGUCACCGAGGUCAGCGACAUCGACGCCAUUAUCGAGCAAGCCGAGGAGGCGGAGCGUCUUUUCACUAUUAAUCACAGCAACACCACACCUUUGCCCAUCAAUUUAGACACAAAUUCGAGCUCAAGUACUAUAGCAGCUGAAGAAUGGAGAGAGCAACAGAAGAUAGAGGAGGCUUUGCACGCAAGUAGUCUUCAAGUGCCUCGGAGACCUCCUUGGACGCCCGAAAUGUCAGUGGAAGAACUUGAUGCUAAUGAAAAACAAGCUUUUCUGAAUUGGCGCCGGAUGCUUGUGAGUCUUGAGGAAAAUGAAAAGCUUGUGUUGACUCCAUUCGAAAAGAACCUUGACAUCUGGAGACAGCUUUGGCGAGUACUUGAACGCAGUGAUUUGAUUGUUAUGGUAGUCGAUGCUAGAGAUCCACUGUUUUACCGUUGCCCUGAUCUUGAGGCAUAUGCUCAAGAAAUUGAUGAGCAUAAGAAAAUAAUGCUUCUAGUUAACAAGGCGGAUCUUUUGCCUUCUGAUGUCAGGGAGAAAUGGGCUGAAUAUUUCCGCCGGAACGACAUUCUGUUUGUCUUCUGGUCAGCUAUAGCUGCUACAGCUACCCUAGAGGGUAAAGUCUUGAAAGAGCAAUGGAGAAAACCUGAUAACUUUCAGAAGACAGAUGAUCCAGAAGUUGUGAUAUAUGGAAGGGACGAGCUGUUGGGUCGUUUACAAUUUGAGGCUCAAGAGAUUGUCAAAGCGAGAAAUUCUAAAGCAGCAUCCAUUGCAUCAUCAUCACAGUCAUUGACUGUUGAAUCUCAACAUGACCGAGCCGUGGUUGGAUUUGUUGGAUACCCAAAUGUGGGUAAGAGUUCUACAAUCAACGCAUUGGUGGGUGAGAAGCGAACGGGGGUCACCUCUACCCCGGGAAAAACAAAGCAUUUCCAGACCUUGAUAAUUUCUGAUGAGCUUAUGCUAUGUGAUUGCCCUGGUUUAGUGUUCCCUUCGUUCUCAAGCUCGAGAUAUGAAAUGAUUGCUUGUGGUGUACUUCCGAUUGACCGGAUGACUGAGCACCGUGAAGCUAUUAAGGUGGUGGCUGACAAGGUCCCUCGCCAUGUCAUCGAGAGUGUUUACAACAUUUCUCUUCCUAAACCCAAACCCUAUGAGCGUCAGUCCCGUCCGCCUCACGCUGCAGAGCUUUUAAGAGCUUACUGUGCUUCCCGUGGCUAUGUUGCCUCUAGUGGACUACCUGAUGAAACGAAAGCAGCGAGGCUGAUACUAAAAGAUUACAUUGGAGGUAAGCUGCCACAUUUUGCAUUGCCACCAGGAAUGACAGAAGGUGAUGAAUCGGAGAUAGAGGACACUCAAGAAACCGGAGCUCUUGAAGGCUCAGAUUCCGAAGACCCUACAACAGGAGAUGAGACAGAAAGCGAGCAGGUUCCUGGUAUUGAUGAUGUACUAGAGGAUCUGAGCUCGUUUGAUCUCGCAAACGGGCUUGCGUCAACGAAGAAAGCAACAACAAAGAAGCAAACCGCGUCACAUAAACAACACAAGAAGCCACAGAGGAAAAAGGAUCGGAACUGGAGGGUUAAAAACACGGAGGAUGGAGAUGGAAUGCCUGUGGUUAGAGUUUUCCAGAAACCGGCUAACACGGGGCCUCUCAUGAUGCGGUGA